AACAGCCUUCGGAAACGUGCCAGGACGUCGAGCUUGCCGUAGCCUCUGACACGCUGCCCUCAUCCCUCUGCUGAUUGCUCGCUAUGUAUCCUCGUCGCGAUCGCAUGGGCCUGCCUGAGCGGGCACACGCAGGCGAUCCCCCAGCCACUCCCAGCAUGCAUAGGCAGGAAGAUCGAUUGCACCGGGGCGGGACCGCUCGACCCACUCACAACACCCUGUCUGCGAGCCGUGGGCCCUCGCACACGACCCACGGGCCCUACGACGUCGAUGCGCCCUUUGCACAUCCCUAUGCGUCGCCUGCGCCCUCGGCCCCUCACUCUCACCACAUGGCCUCCUCCUAUGUUGCCGAACCAAAGGAUUACCGCUCGCAACGCGCCCCUGUCGAGACCAAGUCCUCUCGUAGUACCGCGUCCGCCGUCAAACCCUCCAACAUCCGCAAACCCAAGCACACAUCUCACCUCCGCUUCCCCAAGUCCCCCCUCCCCCGCCCCGAGCACACCCUCUUGUUUGGCGCCAUGGGCAUGGCCGUAAACACCGGUCGAUACAUACUCGACCAGGGCGGCGCGGCCGUCGGCGGCGGGCUGCUUUAUGGCGAGGACGGUUUCCUUCUGCUGGAAGACAUCGACGACCGCUUCGCACCUCCCACCCACGGUCGACUCAAGGACCGCCGCCGCUCCGAGUCGCAUGCGGGGACUUCCCGCGUCCCACCUCCCAGGGCGAAGAGGUCGGCGUCGGCGCCGCCGGGCGCGCCGCGCCUUCGUCCCGUUGACUUACCACCGAUGAGGGACUGAGCCAGUUACGCGGCCGUCGCUGAGUUCAUACUACGGUCUCCCUGGGUUUGAUUCGCCCUCGCAAUUGGUUUGGGUUCAACACUUCGAUGUUUUUCGAGCGUUUGAUUCGAUGCCUUUCGAGCAUCCUCAGGACACCUCAAUGCGGCGCGCCUUCCUUUUCGUGGCGCGCUCGUAAACUCUACUCUUAUUUUGCGACACCGGAUGUCGCUUAUUAUCCCCGUCGGAUUUCCGACAUGAUUUAUGUGCUUGGUGCGCUAUUGUUUUUAUGUGCUUUUUAGGCGCCUGACGUAUUGCACGACGCCCUUAUCGAACCUCGCGUUCAGCGU